AGAGGGAGACCGGGGAAAGUAACAGAAGCGGGGUUCAAAGGAGAGCCGGGCAGACCCAGAGGCACUGGUUAGGCGUCCGUCCGGAGCAGCGAUGAGGACAAGCUGAAGUCGACAAGGCCAGGAAGCGAGCAGGUAGGAGCAAGGUGGACCUGUUGAGCUCGCCUGGAUUUUGUUCUCCAGAGGGUCAGCGGAGAGAAGACACCACAGGGCCACUUCCUGUGGUGACCGAGGUGACAUGUCAAGUGGCGAAAAACAUGGGGAUAGUGUUAUCUAAUGCGCUAAUGACUGUACACUUGUAAACAUCGGUGUAGCGUACGUGAAUUUCUAAGAGGGUUCCUAUUUAUAAACAUGCUGAUGUCAGACACAUUGUUAUUUUUAAACUUUUGCUGAAACUCUAAUUAGAAAUAUUAUUAUUUAAUAAACCAGAUGCAAUACUAUUAGUUGUUUUAUAGUAUUCGCUGUCAUGUUUUUAUCCUUUAAUUUUUUUUUUACUGAUGUUCAUCCUUACUGUAAAGUCCCCUACUAAUAUUCACAGGUAAGCCAGGCCUGCAAUGGCUACGCGUUGCGUCAUAGUUUCGUGAUUAAGAUCCAAAGGCAGGUUACGCCGAUGUUUAACUUCGUGGUUCAUUCGGCUUGUGAGCAUCACGAGCAGCUGCAGUGCUUAGCGGUGCUUUGUGGCCUUGCUCAAAAAGAGGAGUUUCUUUAGCUGUGAUUCUCUGGUACAUUUACGGGGUGCGCUGAAAAAAACGAUGAUAAGGUACUGCAUGCGGACUCUGGCCUUUAGUGCUGCUUUAUACACAGGAAGCUUUUAAAUGAUUUACCAGUUGUGUGCACUUGUUGGUCAGGGCACAGAUGUGGCGGCGUGAUGGAUCGGGCAGCAUUUCUUCUCAUGUGCCCCGACACUGUAACAGGAAUCGUAGGACUGACUAAGAAGCAGUUGCUAUAGUGACGCAUUGGCAAGGGACCAUAAGAUAGCCCAUAAUGGGUCUCUUGGCGCAGCUGCGAGUUUUGCUGUGGAAGAACUUCAUCCUUCGAAGGAGACAAAAGGUGCGCCUGCUAGUCGAACUUAUCUGGCCCCUCUUCCUGUUCUUUAUCCUCGUCUGGGUGCGCUCCACAAAUCAGCCCAUCUACCAAGGACAGUGUCAUUACCGUAACAAGGCCAUGCCUUCGGCAGGUAUAUUGCCAUGGCUACAAGGAAUGAUAUGCAAUAUUGAGAACCCCUGUCUGAGCUCUCCUACUCCAGGGGAGACGCCAGGAGAGGUCAACAAUUUCAACUCAUCCCUCCUCAGCAUGGCGUUGAGCGAAUUCCAAUCACUGGUGCUGAAUACAACAGCGCUUAACAAAUAUCAGAGGAUCUCCGAAGACCUGCAACAGUGGCUUUGGUUAAUGCACAAUGCCAGCGCCGAAAGUGUUCAGCCAUUUUCACUGAAGAGCAUUCUGAAGGACAACGAAACUUUCACCGCCUAUCUGAGGGAGAACCUGGAGGUUCCAUCAUCUUCUGUAGAGAUCAUAUUGGCCACACGAAUUCUGCCCAACAAGGUGCUGGACUUAAGUGAACAGGCGGACCUGAAGUCUAUCUUCUGCAACGAUUCAGUCCUCAAGCAGUACGCAGAGUUCAAUUCCUCCACCGCCCGGGACGUCUUCCGAAACAUCAGCUGCUCCCGCUGGAACGUGCAGCUCUGGGGGGCACGGGACGUCUUCCGACAGAACGUCAACGGCGGGAAGCUGGCUGCGCAGCUCUUUCCCGGUUUGGACCCUGGUCAAGCAUCCGGGAUUCUUCGCAAAACCACAGCCAAUAUUACACCAAUAUUAUCAGAGCUGUCCACAUUUCAGCAAUCAGCCCUAUUCAGCCUUGCUGGUUCGUUGGACUUCGGAAGAAAUAUGUUUGGGACCAUGAAUCGGUUGUUUUGUGGGACACAAGCUGAGACAAAUUCGACAAAUGCAACAAUGUCUCGUCCUUCCGCAUGGCUUUCCCUGAACAGCACGAAUGACAACAGUACAGUUACUGAGAAAAAUAACACUGCCUUUUGCGAAACCCUAAAUGCGACCCUGCAGGGCGUUCCUGCCCUCCGGUACGUGUGGAAGACCUUUCGGCCGCUGCUGCAGGGCAAGGUGGUCUACAGCCCCGACACGCCGGUGACGAGGCUCCUGGUGGAGGAGGCCAAUGGAACUUUCAAAGCGCUGGGCAUGUUGAAAGAGCUCAGCGACGCCUGGGAGACACAGGGACCAAAAAUCUGGGAUUUCAUGCAGGACAGCCAGCAGAUGAACUCCCUGCGGGGCCUGCUGCAGAACCCCGCAUUCACUGCAGCACUGAACCCGCAGCCGAGCCGGGCCCACUUGUCCACAGAGGCGCUGGCCAACUUCCUGUACAAGGGGCCCCCUGAAGACCGUCCCCCAGGCAUGCCGGCCUACGACUGGAGGAACGCCUUCAACAGCACCAGCGAGGCCCUCCGCAUGCUCGCACAGUUUGUGGGGUGCUUUGACCUUGAUAAGUUUGAGGCCGUCGCUGAUGAGGGCAGUCUGGUAUCCAGGUCCCGGAAGCUAAUUGACGAAAACAAGUUCUGGGCAGGAAUUGUGUUCCUGGAUAUUGACCCUCAAUCCAGCCAACCUCCACCGUUAGUGAAAUACAAAAUAAGGAUGGACAUUGAGGAUGUUGAGAGGACCAACAAAGUGAAGGAGAGGCUCUGGUCCCCAGGGGCCCGUGCUCACCCCUUCAAUGACCUUCGUUACGUGCUGGGCGGUUUCGCCUAUCUGCAGGACAUGCUGGACCACGGCAUCAUCCGAGCUCACACUUCUGCAUCACAACCCCUAGGGGUGUUUCUUCAGCAAAUGCCCUAUCCAUGCUACGUCAAUGACGUCUUCAUCUCCAGUAUCGGGGCCAUGCUGCCCAUGUUCCUGGUGAUGGCCUUCAUGUUCUCGGUGAGCCUGACCAUCAAGGGCUUGGUGCUGGAGAAGGAGCUACGCCUGAAGGAGGUGCUUCGGGCUGUGGGAGUGCGCAAUGGCGCCCUCUGGUGCGCCUGGUUCAUCGAGAAUAUGACGCUGCUCGCCGUGCCUUGUGCGCUUCUAAGUGUCUUGGCAAAGUAUGGAAAGGUCCUGCAGUACAGCGACCCAUCGGUCAUCUUCGUGUUCCUGCUCACCUUCUGCAUCACCACCAUCAUGGAGUGCUUUUUCAUCAGCGUGUUCUUCUCCAAAGCCAACUUGGCCUCCGCCUGCGGUGGGCUCGUCUACUUCCUGCUCUACCUGCCGCACAUCCUGUGCUACGCCUGGCGCGACGUCAUGAGCUUCCGGGUGAAGAUAUUGGUGAGCCUGUUGUCCAGUGUGGCCUUCGGUUUUGGCUGCGAGAACUUCUCCCGCUACGAGGAGCAGGGCGUGGGCAUCCAGUGGAGCAACAUCAGUAAGAGCCCUGAGGAUGACGAACGUUACAGUUUCCUGGUUUCCAUCAUCAUGAUGCUUGUUGAUUCCCUCAUCUAUUGGGUCCUGACCUGGUACAUCGAGAAUGUUUUCCCAGGCCAGUACGGAAUACCCAAGCCCUGGUAUUUUCCCUUCACAUCCUCUUACUGGUGCGGAACAUCCUCAGACUUUGAUACCGACCAGGAUCCACCUAAGGACCCAGAGCAGCACAACGCUCAUCUAGAAAAGCCCCCUUCAAAUCUGAAAGUCGGAGUCUCUGUCAGAAACCUCGUGAAAGUCUAUAAAACUGGAAAGAAGCUGGCGGUGGAUGGACUCAGUGUGGACUUCUACGAGGACCAGAUAACUUCAUUUCUUGGACAUAACGGAGCUGGGAAGACAACCACCAUAUCUAUCUUGACCGGACUUUUUGCACCAACGUCCGGAACAGCUUUAAUAAACGGGAAGGACAUUCGCACGGAUAUGGAUGCCAUCAGAAAGCACCUAGGAAUGUGCCCUCAGCACAAUGUGCUGUUCAAAGACCUGACCGUAGAAGAGCACAUCUAUUUCUACGCACGGCUCAAAGGCAGGAGCGCGAGCGAGGUGACGGCCGAGAUGGAGCAGAUGAUCAAGGACGUCGGACUGCCAGACAAACGCAAAGACCUGGCCAAAAAUCUGUCAGGGGGGAUGCAGAGGAAGCUAUCGGUGGCCAUCGCUUUUGUGGGCGGAUCCAACAUUGUCAUCCUGGAUGAACCCACGGCAGGCGUGGACCCCUACGCUCGUAGGGGAAUAUGGGAGCUGUUGCUGAAGUACAAAUCAGGACGCACCAUCAUCCUCUCGACGCACCACAUGGACGAGGCCGAUAUCCUGGGGGAUCGGAUCGCCAUCAUCUCCCAUGGGCGACUCUGCUGCUGCGGCUCCUCGCUCUUCCUCAAGAAGUGCUUCGGCAGCGGGUACUAUCUCACACUGGUUAGGGCCGGCCAGAAGAGCAUGUCCACAAAGCGCCAGGAUCUCCCUCAGAGUCAGGUGGAACAGAAGAUCAACCGAGCCCAGGGCAGCAGCAUAGAUGAGGGCAUCGGGAAUCCAAAGUCGAUCAGCUCGUGCCUCACAGGAGAGGCACCUGGUGUGAGCACCAUCACCCUCCUACUGCAGAAGCACAUCCCAGCAGCUAUCCUAUUGGAGUGCAUUGGACAGGAAGUGACCUACAUCUUGCCCUACGCGGCGGCCCACGAUGGCACUAUCGGCCCACUGCUCAAGGAGCUCGACCUGGAGAUGACUGCCCUUGGUGUGACCAGUUAUGGGAUCUCCGACACCACACUGGAGGAGAUUUUCCUAAAAGUGGCUGAAGAAACAGGAGUAGAUGUAGAGUUAGCAGAUGAAAAGGGUCCAUUCCUUAGGGACUGGAAGAGAAGCUCAAGAGAAUCCAGACGUCACAGUAUAGCCAACGCCAGAGAGUCAGCAGAGACUGUUGCCAGACCAGCUCUUCCUUCUGCCGUGUGCGGCGCUGACACAGAGGUGAAAGAGAAGUUUGCGAACAGAGUCGAAGACUCGACGAGCGUGGCCAGCGCCGACGGGAAGGGAUCCUACGCCGUCACCGGAGGGGAGCUGAUACGGCGGCAGUUUCUGGCGCUCUUCAUCAAACGGUUCCACCACGCCCGGCGGAGCCGCAAGGGCCUUGUGGCACAGGUGGUGCUGCCCGCCGUUUUUGUGUGCCUCUCUCUCAUCUUCUCGCUCAUCGUUCCCCCCUUCAUGGAGUACCCAAGCCUGGAGCUACAUCCAUGGAUUUACGGGGUGCCACAGAACACCUUCUACAGCAAUGAUGCCCCAGACCAUUUGGAAGCCUCACGUGUGGUAGAAUCCCUGGUGAAUACUCCAGGAUUUGGGACCCGCUGCAUGAAAAAUGACCCCCUGCCGAAACUGCCCUGUUCCUCCAACGGAUCAGACUGGUUCACCCCGCCUGUACCCCCAUCAGUCUCAGAAAUCUUCGCCAAUGGCAACUGGUCGAUGUCCAACCCCUCCCCCCCAUGUCAGUGUAGCACCCCGAGCAGAACAAUCAUGCUGCCAGACUGCCCUCCAGGAGCCGGCGGUCUGCCCCCGCCUCAGAGGCUACAGAACACUACUGAUACCCUUCAGAACUUGACCGGGAUGAACAUGACUGACUUUUUGCUGAAGACCUAUGAGAAAUCUGGAAAAAUAAGGUAUGGGGGAAUUUCAGUCGGUGGUGUCAACUCGCAGGUCCAGAUGAAUGAAACAGAGAUUGGCGUUGCUCUAAGACGGCUGGGCAGUGUUUUUAAUUCUCAGUCUCUGGGAAAUGAAAUUGAUCACAUUCUUCAGAAGGCAGGAACCUUCUUGAAACAACUUGGGACAAAGGAUAAUGUCAAGGUGUGGUUCUACAACCAAGCCUGGCAUUCCAUGGUGUCGUUCAUCAACGUGGCCAACAAUGGCAUCCUGCGGGGCAACCUGGAUCAGAAGCGGCAGAACCCCAGAGAGUACGGGAUCUCUGUCUUCAACCACCCCCUCAACUUGACCAAGGAGCAGCUCUCGUUUGUUGCAUUAGCCUCCACCUCCACGGACGUGGUGGUGUCUAUCUGCGUGAUCUUCGCCAUGUCCUUCAUUCCGGCCAGUUUUGUGCUCUUCCUCAUCCAGGAGCGUGUCACCAAGGCGAAGCACCUUCAGUUCGUCAGCGGGAUCAACCCGGUGGUCUACUGGGUCGCCAGCUUUGCCUGGGACAUGUGUAACUACAUAGUCCCAUGUCUGAUAGUGAUCAUCAUCUUCUUGAGCUUCCAACAAAAGGCCUACGUCUCUCCAGAAAACCUCCCCGCCCUCAUCCUCCUGCUCAUCCUCUAUGGCUGGUCUAUCACUCCCAUGAUGUACCCUGCGUCCUUUGUGUUCAGCGUGCCCAGCACAGCUUACGUGGUCCUCACCAGCAUCAACCUCUUCAUCGGCAUUAACGGCAGCGUGGCUACCUUUGUCUUGGAGAUGUUUGACGAUGAGAACAUUUCCCGUAUCAAUGACAUCGUGAAACAGGUUCUUUUGAUCUUCCCACACUUCUGCCUUGGAAGGGGGCUCAUCGAUAUGGCCAAGAACCAGGCAAUGGCGACGCUGUUUAUCAGUUUUGGAGAGGAUCGCUUCCAGAAUCCUCUCAGCUGGGCCAUGGUGGGCAAGAACCUGUGUGCUAUGGCCAUCCAGGGCCUCCUGAUGUUCACUCUGACACUCCUCAUCCAGUACAAGUUCUUCUUCAAACCCAGGCUGGUGGAGGUGGGGCAGCAGAGGACAGAGCAAGAGGACAUGGACGUGGCUGCAGAGCGGCUCCGUGUGCACCAGGGCAGAGCCCAGACUGACCUACUGAGAGUGUGUGAUCUAACAAAGAUCUACCGGGGAAAGAAGAGGCCAGCGGUGGAUGGGAUAUGCAUGGGGGUACCUGCUGCUGAGUGCUUUGGAUUGUUGGGUAUAAAUGGAGCCGGAAAAACCACCAUAUUCAAGAUGCUGACGGGGGACAUCGCAGUCUCCAGCGGAGAUGCCUUCUUGAACGGUUACAGUAUCCGUACACAGAUGGCAGACGUCCAUCAGAACAUGGGUUACUGCCCACAGUUUGACGCCAUAGAUGAUCUUCUGACUGGCCAGGAGCACCUGGAGUUUUAUGCGCGCAUUCGUGGAGUUCCAGAGAAGGAAGUUAAAAUGGUGGCCAGAUGGGGCAUUCAGAAGCUAGGCUUGGUGAAGUACUCAGAUAAGUCUGCCGGGACCUACAGCGGAGGAAACAAGCGCAAGCUGUCCACCGCCAUGGCGCUGAUAGGGUGCCCCCCAGUGGUCUACCUGGAUGAACCCACUACGGGGAUGGACCCCAAGGCCCGCCGCUUCCUGUGGAAUUGUAUCCUCAGUGUGAUCAAGGAGGGCCGGUCUGUCAUCCUCACCUCUCACAGCAUGGAGGAGUGCGAGGCUCUGUGCACACGCAUGGCCAUCAUGGUCAACGGCCGCUUUAAGUGCCUGGGCAGCAUCCAGCACCUGAAGAGCAGGUUUGGUGAUGGGUACACGGUCAUCGUGAGAGUGCGUGGGGUGCCCCCAGCCUUGGCCCCUGUGGAGGAGUUUGUGAAGGACACCUUUCCAGGAAGCAUCCUGAAGGAGAAGCAUCACAACACCCUGCAGUACCAGCUGCCACGAACAGAAGCCACCUUGGCUACCAUCUUCAGCCAGUUCACGCAUCAUCGGGAGUGUCUGGGAAUCGAGGAUUACUCUGUGUCCCAGACCACACUAGACCAGGUCUUCGUCAACUUUGCCCAGCACCAACACGAGGAGGAAGAGGACCGGUCUGCCUACAGCAACCCCGUAGAGGUGACGUCAGAGGAAAUGCCAAUGAAAAGCAUGGAAUCCCCACUGUCUGCAGUGCAGGUGUGAAGCCAAAGAGUGCUCACCCUGCGUCAGCUAUCCUCACAAUGAUAUCAAGACUUUGAUAUCAUUUUUACAUAUGAAAAUUUAAUGUACUGUAAUAUUGCUUAAUCAUCCAUCCAUCCAUCCAUCCAUCCAUGCAUCCAUCCAUACACCAUAGAGGGGCCCCAGAGUCAGUUGCAGGCAGCAUUUGGCACAAGCCUGGGCUACACCCUGGAAGGGAUGUUGCUCGAUCAUGAAAUAGCAAAAUAAUCUAUGCUAGUUCUUAUCAUUGCCACAAAGUUUGCUAACAGUGACGUGUAUAGCACACAGCGUUACUGUGAAUGACAGACAUUGGCCAAAAUAAAUAAAGUAAAGCGAACAUACAGAUUUGGACAGGGGCUGCGGGCUACUCUCCUCUCAGCACAGCCGGCUGGCUGCCUGUCGCGCUCAGUCGGCUCGGCUCGCUUUCUCUGUAAAGUCAUCCAGGGCCUGCGGGGGCACCGGUGAGACGCCUCCUCGAUGCUUCUGCCUGAGUGACGCACACCAAAAAUACAGCGGCCUUUAAUAAAGCCGUAAUGCGGAUGCUCAGAGAAGGCACCGGCCGUCGUUAUGGCGACGGCUGACUUCACCACCUUCUCCCGCAAGAUUAUAACCCCCAGCAUUGUGCGCUAUUAGGGAGAAAUAAAGUCCAUUCAGCACGAGUGUCAUUAACUCAGGAAGAAAAUAAAAAGCAUUUUACUCUGCACUGAAAUGCUCUUAGGUAAAUACCUUUAGGUGAAGGGUUUAUUAAAGACUUGAAAAAAACAUGUGCCUCUUGACUGAAUUUUAGGUUUUAACAUUUUUUUAGAACAUGAAAUUACCUUAAUUUUAAUACCUGAAAUUAUUUUUACAUGUAACCUAUGCACAAUUAAAUUAAAUUAAUAUGUUGCGUAUAUUUAUUGACUUAAAUGUAAACUGAGUAUACACAAGAAGAAAUAUUGGAAAGUAAAAAAUAUCUUUUACGUUUACAUUAGGAUGUCAGGGAUUCUGCCUUCACUGUCUGUAAAUUUGUUAUGCUGUGUUAGUCUGUAAGGAACACCUUUUGGCCAGAGUGAUGCUCCUUUCAUGUGUUCGCAAAUUAAGGUGCCUGAUUUCAUUUCUCAUUCUAAUUCAUUCCGAAUGCUGUCCGAUCCUUUAAAGGAGAAAAUGGUAAAUUAUAUUUGUACUGAAUAUGGCUUCGCGUCCCCGCAAGAUGAUUAAACGUUUGCACACAU